UCCAUUGUGCUGGCUGACGGUUGUACACCCAGGCAACAUUACAAUGACAACGUCGCCGCACCCCCCCGGAUAUGGCUUGCGGAUGGACCUCUCCGCGAGAAGGUGCUUCCCCAUUGCAACGCCCUGCUGCGGCCUUUUGCCCCCACGCCCUGGGCUGCUAAUCGUCACGCGCAGACCCUCCUAGGCUUCAUGCGCACCCUCACCAUCCGUAGCCGUUACAACCGCCAACUAAUCCUAACCGUCGACGGCGCCACCUUGGGCCUGGACUGGUUUGGCGGUUGCGACGCGCCCGACUUUCCCCUUCCCGCCUCGGCGCCCGUGCUGCUGGUGUGCCACGGCAUCAACGGCGGCAGUCACGAGGGGUACGCCAAGUGGGUGUGUGCUGCGGCUCUGGCUCGCGGCUGGCGGGCGGCGGUGCUCAACUACCGGGGCUGCAACGGUCUCCCUUUCACAGCCCCCCGGGGGUACUCCGCCACCAUGUCACCUGACAUCUUCACGGCGGUCUACUCGCUCAAGGCUCGCUACCCCUCAGCGCCCCUGCUGGCUGUGGGCUACUCCCUAGGGGGCCUCAAACUCACGAAGUACGUGGGGGAGGCGGAUGCCGGGCUGCACGCCCCACCCCCCGGCCAGCCGCACCUCUUCAGCGGCAGCGGGCUGGCGGCUGCGGCGGUGGUCAGCUCCCCGGUCAGCCUGGGGCUCAGUGCGGCCAAGCUAGUUCGCGAGCACAUUGCCCUGCACCGCCGCGACAUCGAGGCCCACACGCGGCUGGAUGUGGACGCUGUGUUGGCGGCCUGGACGGUGAUGGGCAUUGAGGACCGCGGUCUGCCCGCCUCGCUGGGUUUCGCUGACCGGCAGCAGUACUACGAUGCGGCCUCCUCCCUGGAGUACAUUCCCGCCAUCACCACCCCCACCCUCAUGCUGCUGGCGGAGGAUGACCCGUUCCUGGGUAUCGUACCCGACGUGGAGUGCUCCCGGAACCCGUCCACCCUCCUGGCUCUCACGCGGCGGGGGGGUCACGUGGCUUUCCUUCAAGGCGCCUGGCCGCUGGGGAGAUCCUACAUGGACGACGCGGUGAUGGAGUUUUUCGGCGCCACCCUGGAGCAC